UGCUCUGUGUCAACCCCAGCUAUUAGUACCAAGAUAGCGAGAGAGGUGGAAGCAGUGCAAUCCCAACAUCCUCCCUGAUCCACACACAUACAUACACAGAUCGAGAUGGACCCGAGCAUAAAGGAAGACCUGAAGCUCUAUCAGAGUACGCUGCUCCAAGACGGCCUGAACGACCUCCUGAAGGAGAACAAGUUUGUCGACUGUGUUCUGAAAGUAGGGGACAGAAGUCUGCCGUGCCACAAACUCAUCAUGGCAGCAUGCAGCCCUUACUUUAGAGAGAUUUUUUUUUCUGAAGAAAAGAGCAGCCCAGGCAAGGAGGUGGUGCUGGAAAAAGUGGAUCCAGCCAUCAUGGACAUGAUUGUAAAUUAUCUCUAUUCUGCAGAAAUUGAUAUUUCAGAUGAAAAUGUGCAGGAUGUUCUUGCAGUAGCCAACGAGUUUCAGAUACCGUCCGUUUUCACGGUGUGUGUAAACUACCUGCAGAAGAACCUCACCCUAGGAAACUGUCUGGCGAUCUACCGAAUGGGCUUGGUGACGAAUUGUCCGAGGCUGGCCAUGGCAGCAAGAGACUACAUCGCUGAACGAUUCGAGAUCCUAUCCACGGAGCAAGAUUUUCUCGAUUUCAUCCCUCCUGAACUGUUCGCCAUCAUAGGGAGUGAUGCUCUCAACGUAGAGAAAGAGGAAAUGGUGUUUGAGCUGCUCAUGAGGUGGAUCAGGAAGGACAAAGAGAACCGGGCAAAGCAUUUAGGCGAUGCUUUCGAGCACAUUCGUUUCCGACUGCUUGAAGAGAAGUAUUUUAAAGAAAAGGUGGAGAAGGAUGAUAUUAUUAAAGCUGAUCCUGAGCUUGUAAAGAAACUUAAAAUCAUUAAAGAUGCCUUUGCUGGAAAACUUCCAGGAAAGGUAGGCGGGAAAGAGGCUGGAGAGAGCAAAAUGCCUGGAUAUCUGAACGACACCCGAAGGAUUGGCAUGUACGCCAAGGACCUAAUCCUGAUGAUUAGCGACACGGCGGCCGUGGCUUACGACCCUGUUGAGAACGAAUGCUCACUGGCAGCAAUGGCCGAGCAGAUACCUAAGAAUCAUGUCUGCAUCAUUACCAAAAAGAAUCAACUUUUUGUUGCAGGUGGACUGUUUGCGGAUGAGGAAAAUAAAGAAUCACCUUUGCAGUGCUACUGUUUUCAGCUGGAUCCUAUUAGUGCAGACUGGAUUGCUAUGCCGCCACUGCCUUCUUCCCGAUGUCUCUUUGCCAUGGGAGAAUUUGAGAACCUGAUAUUUGCUGUUGCUGGCAAAGAUUUACAGACCAAUGAGUCUCUUGACUCAGUGAUGUGUUUUGACACAAUAAAGAUGAAAUGGACCGAGACGAAAAAGCUUCCCCUGCGGAUACACGGCCACAGUGUGAUCUCACAAAACGGCCUGGUCUACUGUAUAGGAGGAAAGACAGAUGACAACAAAACCAUCAACAAGAUGUUUGCAUAUAACCAUAAGAAGUCUGAAUGGAAGGAGUUGGCAUCAAUGAAAACACCACGGUCCAUGUUUGGGGCAGUUGUCCAUAAAGAGAAGAUAAUUGUGGUUGGAGGAGUCAAUGAGGACACCCUUUUAGCAUCGUGUGAAGCCUAUGACUUUGGAAGCAACAAGUGGGAAGCCUUCCCUGAAUUUGCACAGGAAAGAAGUUCAGUAAAUGUUGUUAGUGUUGAUGGAGAGCUUUAUGCAAUCGGAGGCUUUACCAUGGUAGGGCAAGAUAAAGAAUGUGUGCCAUCAGAGAUCACAGACAUUUGGCAGUAUGAAGAGGACAAGAAGCAGUGGGCUGGAAUUUUGAGGGAGAUGCGUUAUGCAGCUGGUGCUUCCUGCGUUUCUAUGCGACUGAAUGCUGCAAAAAUGCCCAAACUGUAAAAAUAGUCCCGGUCUCUGUAAUAGGGACAUGAUAUUUUAAGCCUUACUUGAUGAUUCCAAUUAUGUGAAAAUCUAAUUUAGCAGUGCACGAGCAUGAAACCCACACUGGUUUGAGUUUAGGAUGAUUUCACAAGAUUGCCAUAUAUUUGUAUGCACAAGUGACUUUUUUUGUUUGUUUAAUUGCUCAAAAACCUGUAUUUGCUUAACCCUUUCAUGAUGAUGACGACUACACAUAAAAAAAAUAAUAAUUCUGAAUUCAUAUAUGAAGAAUAUAUGCACGAAAGGGUUAAUUCAGACAUCAAAGUACAACGUUAUGACAUUUGAAAUGAGUUUGUUUAUUACAGAAAUAAUAUUUAUAUUGCAAUAUAUACAAUUAAUAAAAACUCACAGUAGACAUUA